CCUCAGAGCUCCAAACCUCAUCAACCUCCAUCAAAUACCUUCAAUUCAUUCCGAUCAACCUAAACAAAGCUACAACCUACCCAAGCUCCAAUUAUCAGCAACACCAUGGCUACUUGUGGGAAGUGCAACGGUGGUGGGAACACAACAUGCACCAACUGCAAUGGCACAGGCUCCACUAGUUCCGAGACCGGCACCUGCUACAGCUGUGGGGCCAACGGCACAGUGACUUGCACAUCUUGCAAUGGCACGGGGAAGACUUAGUGUCUAGCGGUGGAGAAUUGGGGAUUUGAGUUGAUGGGAUAACCGCUCCUCUUUUCAUUUGUUGACUCACUGGGGUUUUUUUGUUAAUGAGGGUAGCGGCCCUUGGUGGUCGCUGCUACUCUUUUUUUUUUGCCUCAGACUGGGUUGUUUCUUUAGUAGGGCAGUGGUCCGUGGGGUACCUUCAAAUUCAUAGGUUGAUUUCCCUUCGACGGGUGGGGUAAAUGUGUGCAGCGGAAUUAUAUAACACCGGACCGGCCAAUACAUAUCUUACCCAAGCUGUCAACCAACUCCUUUUUCCUCACAGGUUUAUCGAAGGUGUCUCGCCAACGUCACAAUGAUAGCAAAAUCGCAACCCUCACUUGGGUCCAAUACAACAAACACGCGACGAACACAGCCCCUGAUACACUUCGCAGCUGGCGCGAGCGGUGGUGCCGCAACCUCCCUUCUCACCUCUCCCCUCGAUGUUUUACGAACUCGACUUCAAUCCGACCUCUAUGAACCUCCAUCACGAUCGGCUAAUGCGGGACAAGCCCCUCGUUCUUUUCUGAAUAGAACUCCCCUGGGUCACGUAUUCGAAACGUUCGACAUACUUCGCUCGAUAAAGAACAACGAGGGAUGGCGUGGGCUAUUUCGCGGCAUUGGGCCCAGCCUGGCCGGCGUGGUUCCUGCAACUGCUAUCAAGUUCUACGUGUACGGAAACACCAAGCUUCUCGCAGCUAGGUAUCUAGAUUACAAGGAGGAUGAUCCUAUUGUUCAUGCGCAUGCCGCCAUUGCCGCCGCCAUCGCAACCGCCACAGCGACGAACCCCAUUUGGCUUGUGAAGACCAGGCUUCAACUGGACAAAUCACGCGCCAAUCAAGGGGCAACAGUGCGUCAGUACAAAGGAAGCUUGGACUGUGUGCAACAAGUGCUACAGAAAGAGGGGAUUCCUGGAUUGUAUCGCGGAUUAAGCGCGAGCUACUUGGGCACAGUUGAAACAGUUCUACAUCUUGUUGUCUACGAAAGGCUCAAGAUACUAUUCCAGUCUCCAUUCCUUAGGCAUCGGUCAACGCGCAACCCUGCUGUAGAAGAACUCGGAAAAUGGGUCAGUACCAGUGGCGCUGCUGGUUGCGCAAAGUUUGCUGCGGUUCUGGUCACGUAUCCCCAUGAGGUGAUACGGACGCGCCUGCGCCAGGCACCGACAGCGAACGGGCGGCAAACAUACACCGGCCUAGGACAGUGUUUCAAUCUGGUGUGGAAGCAGGAGGGCUGGCGAGGAUUGUAUGGGGGCCUCACACCACACCUCGUACGCUCAAUUCCUUCUGCUGUAAUCACACUCGGCGUAUACGAGUUUGUGUUGAGGGUGGCCAACACUUCAGUGUGACGAGAUCAAAUAAUCCGGGUGAGGACUGGAGAUAGAAGCAUACUAGGGGGAACAUUCGUCAAGAAAAACGCGUAUGAUAUGCAAUGGACACCCGUAGUUAAGGUGUACGAUAAUCAAUAGGAAACAUUAGUUAUAUCUCCAUCUCAC